AUGGCUCCCGAGAGUUUCCGCCCGCCUUCGGCUUUACUUUUGCUUCCGCCACCUCCAUCUUUCGACUUUGGGCCCGUCAGGGAUGCGUUUCAGACCUCGGUCUCGGAUGUUUUGGUCAAGCUCUCGGAAUCCCUAAAUGGAUCCAAUGGCAUUGCUUCUCUCGACAUUGCUCUGGCAGUUCCAGACUUACUUGCUCCAGCUAACAAGCCUCGGGCAAGAGUGUUUAAGCAGCUGCAGCAUUACCUCACCAGCAUCUACACCUUGAUUGGAGCCGAGGCGGCAGCUCGGGAUAUCGAGCUAGACUCUCCUGGUGGUAUCGAUGCCCGCGUCCUUUUUGUGGAUUGCUCGCCCUCUGCGUGUACAGUCUCUGCUACCCGCUAUCAUUUUGGCCCAACUCUUGACCUGCAAUCACUGGCAACCUCGGGCCGACUAUGGGAUCACGUGUUUUAUCCAAGUAGCGAAGCUGGCAAGAUAUUGGCCGAUACCUUCGCUAGUUACAGAGGCAAUAAAUCAUCAAAGUUACGAGCCGUCUCCAGCAGCUCGAGCUGGGUCUUACCCAGUCCUCUUUUGCGUCCUGAGCAGGAAGAGCAACAGUCGGGUCAGGUACGAGACGCUUUCAACCGGCAAACCCAUCACGCAGGUCUAACAUAUCUCAAGGAUGUUUCGACUCCUAAGAACCAGUUAUUAUCCACCCCUCAUUAUUCAGUGGCUGUCGGGGGCACCUUCGAUCAUCUUCACGUGGGCCACAAGUUACUCCUCACAGCCACGGCACUGGUCUUGGAGCCACUUGAAGAGGCCGAUCAAGGUCGAGAAAGGCUUCUCACCGUUGGUGUCACUGGGGAUGCACUCCUCGUGAACAAAAAAUACGCAGAAUUUCUCGAGAGCUGGGAGGAACGCUACCAAGCCACGGCUGCUUUCCUUUCUUCCAUCAUGGAUUUCUCUGGAGGGAGCGCCCCGCAACUCGAGCGUACCUGGGGGUCAGGCCCCAACGAGAAGUCUGUCAAGAUGAGGGUCCAACCCAACCUGACUUUCAAUUUUGUGGAGAUCGUCGAUCCCUUUGGCCCCACAAUCACCGAGGAAGACAUCGACGCGCUCGCAGUGUCCGAGGAAACGCAUUCUGGUGGUCAAGCUGUCAACGAUAAGAGAAAGGAAAAGGGAUGGGAUGCGCUCGGGGUUUUUGAGGUGGAUGUGCUUCAAGCUGGAGCUACGGAGGCCAACAUUGAUUCCAAAAUCAGUAGCACAGACAUUCGGCGCCGGCGGAUGAACCUAGCCAAAGUAUGA